AUGGCUACAGGCGGUAGAGAAGAAGCGACAGCACAUAGUAUUUUACGUAUUAUCGGCAUUGUCCAGGAGCUACUUGAAUUUAUCACACCCAUUGGUGGCUAUGAAGAAAUGCCACUUGUUCCACUUGAAAUAGCUGUUGAACCGCUUGUUACUAUUCUACCAGCUGUUCAAAGUUGUGUACAUGUUGCCAAACAACGAUCUGAAGGUGGAGUACUUCUGAUGGCUGCUACUCAAUUCAAAGUAAUCGGUUGUCUUAAUCGUGAUGAUCUUCAUAUUAUUCAGGAUGAUGCUGGAGAUGUAUCUCCUUAA